AAGCAUGUUUGAAGAGGACACCUACUGAAGUUUGGAGGGAUUCUCGAAACCCUUAUGAUAGAAAAAGGCAGGACAGAGCUCCUGUUGGACUAAAGAAUGUUGGCAAUACUUGCUGGUUUAGUGCUGUUAUUCAGUCAUUAUUCAAUCUUUUGGAAUUUAGAAGAUUAGUUCUGAAUUAUAAGCCUCCAUCAAAUGCUCAAGAUUUACCCCGAAACCAAAAGGAGCAUCGGAAUUUGCCUUUUAUGCGUGAGCUUCGGUAUCUGUUUGCACUUCUUGUUGGUACUAAGAGGAAAUACGUUGAUCCAUCAAGAGCAGUUGAAAUUCUUAAGGACGCUUUCAAAUCAAAUGAUUCCCAGCAGCAAGACGUGAGUGAAUUUACACACAAAUUAUUAGAUUGGUUAGAAGAUGCCUUCCAAAUGAAAGCUGAAGAGGAGACGGAUGAAGAAAAGCCAAAGAACCCCAUGGUAGAGUUGUUCUAUGGAAGAUUCCUAGCUGUAGGAGUACUUGAAGGUAAAAAAUUUGAAAAUACUGAAAUGUUUGGUCAGUACCCACUUCAGGUCAAUGGAUUCAAAGAUCUGCACGAGUGCCUAGAAGCUGCUAUGAUUGAAGGAGAAAUUGAGUCUUUACAUUCAGAAAAUUCAGGAAAAUCUGGCCAAGAGGUGAGUUUAACAUGUUCUUUAUUCCUCUUUCCUGCAAGUCUUGUUGCAAAGCGUAAUUUAAGGCUCUACUUAUAUAUAUAUAGUUUUCCUGAUAGAUACAUGCAUAGAAACAGAGAAAUAACAAGAAUUAAGAGGGAAGAGAUCAAGAGACUAAAAGAUUACCUCACAGUAUUACAACAAAGACUAGAAAGAUAUUUAAGCUAUGGCUCGGGUCCCAAACGAUUCCCCUUGGUAGAUGUUCUACAGUACGCGUUGGAAUUUGCCUCCAGUAAGCCUGUUUGCACUUCCCCUGUUGAUGAUCUUGAUGCCAGUUCCCCAUCUAGUGGUUCUGUACCAUCCCAGACAUUACCAAGCACAACAGACCAACAGGGAGCUCCUCCUUCAGAACUGCCAAGCACAUCGCCUGCAUCAGUAACCGCCGUUUCAUCGAGAUCAGUAGUACACAAGCCAUUCACUCAGUCUCGGAUACCUCCAGAUUUGCCCAUGCAUCCAGCACCAAGGCACAUAACAGAAGAAGAACUCUCUGUGCUAGAAAGCUGUUUACAUCGCUGGAGGACAGAAAUAGAAAAUGACACCAGAGAUUUGCAGGAAAGCAUAUCCAGAAUUCAUCGUACAAUUGAACUAAUGUACUCUGACAAAUCUAUGAUCCAAGUUCCUUAUCGCUUACAUGCUGUUUUAGUUCAUGAAGGCCAAGCUAAUGCCGGGCACUACUGGGCAUACAUUUUUGAUCAUCGUGAAAACAGGUGGAUGAAGUACAAUGAUAUUGCUGUAACAAAAUCAUCAUGGGAAGAGCUAGUGAGGGAUUCUUUUGGUGGUUAUAGAAAUGCCAGUGCAUACUGUUUAAUGUACAUAAAUGAUAAGCCACAAUUCUUAAUGCAAGAGGAGUUUAAUAAAGAAACUGGGCAGGCCCUUGUUGGAAUAGAAACACUACCACCGGAUUUAAGAGAUUUUGUUGAGGAGGACAACCUGCGAUUUGAGAAAGAAUUGGAAGAAUGGGAUGCACAAGUUGCCCAGAAAGCUUUGCAGGAGAAACUUUUAGCAACUCAGAAACUGAGGGAGUCAGAGUCUUCUGUGACAACAGCACAAGCAGGAGAACCAGAAUAUCUAGAGCAGCCAUCAAGAAGUGAUUUCUCAAAGCACUUGAAAGAAGAAACUAUUCGAAUAAUUACCAAGGCAUCACAUGAGCAUGAAGAUAAAAGUCCUGAAACAGUUUUGCAGUCGAAACCUGAGAAUACCACAAGCCAACCACCUUCUAACCAGCAAGUUGUAGAGGUGGCGAUUCCUCAUGUAGGGAAAUUUAUGAUUGAGUCAAAGGAGGGGGGUUAUGAUGACGAGAUGAUGAUGACACCGAACAUGCAAGGUAUUAUCAUGGCGAUAGGUAAAUCCAGGAAUGUAUAUGACAGGUGUGGCCCUGAAGCAGGGUUCUUUAAGGCAAUUAAGUUGGAAUAUUCAAGGUUGGUUAAAUUGGCCCAAGAAGAUACCCCACCAGAAACAGACUAUCGUUUACAUCAUGUAGUAGUCUACUUUAUCCAGAAUCAGGCACCAAAGAAAAUCAUUGAGAAAACAUUGCUAGAACAAUUUGGAGAUAGAAAUUUGAGUUUUGAUGAAAGGUGUCACAACAUAAUGAAAGUUGCUCAAGCCAAAAUUGAAAUGAUAAAACCGGAAGAAGUAAACUUGGAGGAAUAUGAGGAGUGGCAUCAGGAUUAUAGGAAAUUCAGGGAAACAACCAUGUAUCUCAUAAUUGGGCUAGAAAAUUUUCAAAGAGAAAGUUAUAUAGAUUCCUUGCUGUUCCUUAUCUGUGCAUAUCAGAAUAACAAAGAACUCUUGUCCAAAGGCCCAUACAGAGGACAUGAUGAAGAACUAAUAUCACAUUAUAGAAGAGAAUGUUUACUAAAAUUAAAUGAGCAAGCUGCAGAACUGUUUGAAUCUGGAGAGGAUCGAGAAGUAAACAAUGGUCUGAUUAUCAUGAAUGAGUUUAUCGUUCCAUUUUUGCCCUUGUUAUUGGUGGAUGAAAUGGAAGAGAAAGAUAUACUUGCCGUGGAAGAUAUGAGAAAUCGAUGGUGUUCCUAUCUUGGACAAGAAAUGGAAUCAAACCUUCAAGAGAAGCUGACAGAUUUUCUGCCAAAACUGCUCGAUUGUUCUACAGAGAUUAAAGGUUUCCAUGAACCACCGAAGUUACCUUCAUACUCCACGCAUGAACUCUGUGAGCGAUUUGCCCGAAUCAUGUUGUCCCUCAGUCGAACUCCUGCUGAUGGAAGAUAAACUGCACACGCUUUCCCUAAACACACUGUAUAAACUUUUUUUAGUUCUUAACCCUUGCCUUCCUGUCACAGGGUUUGCUUGUUGCUGCUAUAGUUUUUAACUUUUUUUUAUUUUAAUAGCUGCAAAAGACAAAAUGACUAUACAGACUUUAGCCAGACUGCAAACAAUACAGCUGAGAAUCGCAUGGCGCUCAGACUUUGUUUUAACCAGAACUGAUGUAUAAUUACAAAUCUGAUUGAUUUUAUUAUGGCAAAACCAUGCUUUUGCCACCUUUCUGUUACAGUGUUACUUUGCUUUUAUCUUUUCUUAAUCUGUAGCUUUCCAUUCAGUCUGGAUCCUCCAUGACUACAGCCAUUUAAGUGUUCAGCACUGUGUAUAAUAUAUAAUAUUUGGUAGCUUGUAAAUGAAAUUAAAGAAUAAAGUUUUAUUUAUGGCUACCUAUGUGUUUGUAAGCAGGUAUAUUAUAUAUUAGUGUAUUAUUUUAGUAAUAUAAUAUAUAAAUGAUUUUGUUUGGGGAUUGUUUUAAGAUUGGGUGAUAAAUAGAUUAAUACAAACUUGUAAUUUUGCUCUAAUGUUAGCACAUUGGAAAUCUACUAUUUGACACUUAACUAUAUCUAUAUUUUUGACUAAGUUGUUAAACUUAGUAUGGCACCUAAACCUGUUUUGAAUUCAAAUCAGGUUUUCACUGAAGUGAGCGGCUGAUAUUUAAGUCAACCACACUGAAACUUUUAACCUUUUCUUAGGUUAACCUUUUAUUUUUUUUUAUGUAUUUACAAAUAAUAUAGCAAGGUGAUUAUUUCAAGAGAUACCAGAAAAAAGUACUUGAAUAAGGGCUAUGUAAUAGUGAAACUUAUAAGAAAUAUGUAUGUGGAUAUACAUAGAUACGUUAACCCAUACACCACACACAUACUCUUCAUAAUGGAGGACAGUGUUUCCCAUUAUAAAAUCAUUCUAUUUUUGUAAAUUGUGUUCUAUUAUAAUUGAAAAUGUUCUCUACUAAUCAAUGCUGUGAAAUGAAGUUGAUAUUGUUGAACUAGAAGUUACGAGUGUCUUACCUGCAUUUAUUUACCUCCUUUUCAAAAAGGAAAAAGCUGUAGAAUGUUUUGUAGAUGGAACCGCUCUUUAAGAUUAAUGAAGUAAUAUUGUGAAUGAAAAUCAAUGCUUUUUAAAGGUAAUUAUGUUACCAACAACCUAUUUUUGAAUUUAUAAAAAUUUCUUUACAAAUGAUACUUUGUUAGCCUAGUAAAAUAUAUCAUUAUACUCUGUGUAUGUUUGUUAGAGUGUCGCCAAAACUAAUGCUCCUUAUAAGUGCCUCUCAUGAAAAGUCCUGGAUGGAAGAAGAAUAAGAAAAUAUUAAGCUAUUAUAUAGUACUUCUUGUAAAGGUAUCAAUGUACUGCUAAGAUAUUAAAUUAAUGACAAAGAA